AUGGAUUUCAUGGAAGAUUAUGAGGCAACUGUUCCUCUUCAGUCCCUUCAAGCUCUUGGGUGCCAUGUUGAUGCAGUUUGCCCCAAGAAGAAGGCUGGGGAUAUCUGCCCAACUGCAAUCCAUGACUUUGAAGGUGGCCAAACUUACAGUGAGAAGCCAGGCCAUAACUUCGUUCUUACAGCCAGCUAUAAAGGUUUGGAUGCCUCAAGUUACGAUGCUCUCGUCAUCCCUGGAGGCCGGGCUCCAGAAUAUUUGGCACUGGAUGGGACAGUGAUUACAUUGGCGAAAGAAUUCAUGCACUCUAAGAAGCCCGUUGCAUCUAUCUGCCAUGGGCAGCAGAUCUUAGCUGCUGCUGGAGUUCUCAAGGGAAGAAAAUGUAGUGCAUACCCUGCGGUGAAGCUGAAUGUUGUCUUGGGUGGGGCAACAUGGCUAGAACCUGAUCCAAUAAAUCGCUGCUAUACCGAUAAAAACUUGGUUACAGGAGUUGCUUGGCCAGGACACCCUGAGUUUGUCUCUCAGUUGAUGGCCUUACUUGGAAUCCGGAAGAAAGUUCUGUUGUUAUGUGGGGAUUACAUGGAAGAUUAUGAGGCUAUGGUUCCAUUUCAAGCCUUGCAGGCUUAUGGAAUAGCAGUUGAUGCUGUCUGUCCUGGCAAGAAAGCUGGCGAUUGUUGCCGCACCGCAGUUCAGGACUCUGGUUCCUAUUAUGGCUAUCAGCAUUAUACAGAGAAGCGUGGACACAACUUUAGUCUCAAUGCGACUUUCGACGAAAUUGAUUUUGACAAAUAUGAUGGCCUGGCAAUACCUGGAGGAAGGGCUCCUGAAUAUCUUGCCAUGAAUGAAUCUGUGUUAGAUUGUGUAAGGAAAUUUUCAGACUCGGGAAAGCCAAUUGCUGCUAUUUGCCAUGCACAGUUGAUCUUGGCAGCUGCAGGCUUAUUAAAAGGUCGGAAAUGCACUGCAUACCGUGCUCUUGGACCUGUGCUCAUCGAUGCCGGUGCUCAUUGGAUUGAACCCAAAACCAUGAUGGAUUGUGUUGUUGAUGGCAAUCUCAUCACUGGAGUUAUAUAUAAGGCACAUCCUGAGUACAUCCGGCGUUUUGUUAAGGCACUAGGAGGCAAGAUAACUGGUUCAGAUAAAAGGAUUCUGUUCCUCUGUGGGGAUUUCAUGGAAGAUUAUGAGGUAACUAUCCCUCUCCAGUCCCUUCAAGCUCUUGGGUGCCACGUUGAUGCAGUUUGCCCCAACAAGAAGGCUGGGGAUUUCUGCCCAACUGCAGUCCAUGACUUUGAAGGUGACCAAACUUACAGUGAGAAGCCAGGCCAUAACUUCAUUCUAACAGCUUCCUACAAAGGUUUGGAUGCCUCGAGUUACGAUGCUCUUGUCAUCCCUGGAGGCCGGUCUCCUGAAUAUUUGGCACUGGAUCAGACGGUGAUUGCAUUGGUGAAAGAAUUCAUGCAAUCAAAGAAGCCAGUGGCAUCUAUUUGUCAUGGACAGCAGAUCUUAGCUGCUGCCGGAGUUCUUAAGGGAAGAAAAUGUACUGCAUACCCUGCUGUGAAGCUACAUGUUGUUUUGGGAGGGGCAACAUGGCUGGAACCGGAUCCAAUCGAUCGUUGCUACACCGAUGAAAACUUGGUUACCGGAGCUGCUUGGCCAGGCCACCCUCAGUUUGUGUCACAGUUGAUGGCCUUACUUGGUAUCCGGGUGUCAUUCUAG